GGAACUGAGGCAGACGGACUGCGUUGAUUGAUGACUUCCCUCUGAAAUCUAAAAAGAUACUGACAACCUCCAACGGUGAAGUUGAAAGUGAAAGCAAACAGUUGGAAACCAUUCAGACGAUGCAAAAAAGAGACCACGAGUACGUCGAUUAUGGCCUCUAAAUCUUUUACUGAGGAGGACUUCUCCUGUCCUGUGUGCUGUGAUAUCUUCAGGGAUCCCAUCCUCCUCUCCUGUAGUCACAGCAUCUGUAAAGUCUGUCUGCAGACGUUCUGGGAAACUAAAGGCUCCAGAGAAUGUCCAGUCUGCAGGAGGAGGUCAUCAAAGGAACAUCCUCCGCUUAACCUCCACUUAAAAAACCUGUGUGAGAACUUCUUACACAGACCUUCAGCAGGGUCUGAGGUGCUCUGCAGUCUGCACAGUGAGAAAUUCAAGCUCUUCUGUCUGGAGGACCAGCAGCCUGUGUGUGUGGUUUGUCGAGACUCCAAUACACACUUUAAUCACAGCUUCAUCCCCAUCAGUGAGGCUGUAGAGGAUAUAAAGGAGGAACUCAAGUUCAGUCUGGAGUCUUUAAGAAAUAAAUUGAAGACCUUUAAAAAAGUUAAACACAUCGAUGAUCAAACAGCUGCACACAUUAAGAGGCAAACCCAAAACACAGAGAAAAAGAUCAAGGAGGAGUUUGAGAAGCUCUACCAGUUUCUACGAGAUGAAGAGGCGGCCAGGAUAGCUGCACUGAGGGAGGAAGAGGAGCAGAAGAGUCAGAUGAUGAAGGAGAAGAUUGAGAAGAUGAGCAGAGAGAUCUCAUCUCUUUCAGACACAAUCAGAGCCAUAGAAGAGCAGAUGGGAGCUGAUGAUGCUUCAUUCCUGAAAGGCUACCAGAGCAACAAGGCAGUGGAAAAAGUCCAGUGCACAACACUGCAGGAUCCAGAGAGGGUUUCAGGAGCUCUGAUCAAUGUGGCAAAGCACCUGGGCAACCUGAAGUUCAGAGUCUGGGAGAAGAUGCAGGAGACUGUUCAGUACACUCCUGUGACUCUGGACCCCAACACCGCAGCUGGACGACUCGUCCUGUCGGAGGAUCUGACCAGCGUGAGACGUGGUGAUGAGUGGCAGCAGCUUCCUGACAACCCAGAGAGAUUUGAUGAGUAUUGUGACAUCCUGGGCUAUGAGAGCUUUAACUCUGGGACUCACUGCUGGGAUGUGGAGGUUGGGGAGAAUCCAUGGUGGAUUGUGGGUGUGAUGACAGAGUCUCUCCAGAGGAAGGGAGACUACACCUCUAUGAGUGGACAUUUGUUUUUCUGUUAUAAGGAUGGUAGGUAUGGAGCACGUUCUGCACCAAAGCCUUUCAGUUCCCCCACAGUGAAGAGGAAACUCCAGAGGAUCAGAGUGCAGCUGGACUGGGACAGAGGAGAGCUGUCAUUCUCUGACCCUGAUAAUAACACACACCUACACACUCUCACACACACUUUCACUGAGAGAGUGUAUCCAUUCUUUAACACUGGUGUCUCCCCUCUGAGGAUCUUACCAGUGAAGGUCACAGUUAGAGUAGAGCAGGCUAAUUAGAGCUGAUAGUGUCUCUGUUUGUACCAGGACUGAUCAGCAUGAGUCUGUAGACUCUGUAGAUAAGAAGAGAAUAAAUAUUAGCAUGGGCCUCUUUGACUUCUUUAAUCCUGUUUUUGCCAUGUAAUGAUUUGCAAAUGGCCUGGAUGAUACUGUUUUUAAUGUUGUAGAUGUUCAAUCGCUGACUGUACUUUUAAACACAAUGCAAGUUAAACCUACAGCAUUUCACCUAUAGCUCCUGUAAGAAGUGUUACUGUGACAAGGUGCAAACCCACUAUCACGGUAGCGCUAUAUACCUACUGCAUGUUAUACAUUUUCUUUAAAAUACAAUGCAAGUUAACUGUAAGAGAGCUGUAUGGCUGUGUUCAAAACAACCCUAAACCUACAGCAUUUCACAGCUCCUGUAAAAAGUAUUACUGUGACGGGGUGCAAACCCACCAUUACGGUAGCAAUGCGCUAUACUGUACAUUUACUCAUGCGUUAUACAUUUA